AUGGCGGGGCCUUUUGAGUCCCCUCCUUUGCCGGGUUUGCAGGUUUCCCCUUUGAGUUUGGUGCCUAAGAAGGAGCCCAACAAGUUUCGGCUCAUUCAUCACCUCUCCCAUCCAUCAGGGGAGUCGGUGAAUGAUGGCAUUGAUACGGCUGUCUGUGCCGUGUCUUAUACGUCAUUUGAUGCUGCCUUGGUGUGGGGAAUGACCUGGGGUUCCGUGAUAUGGAUCUUGGAUUCCUCGGUAGCUUCAAUGGAUUAUGUAGAAGGGGCUCUAUUGUCCCUAGGAAACAGUUCCAUACAAAAUUAUUCUUUUUCAUCCAGCUUAUCCAGUAUGACUCUGGCAAGAAUAAUGCCUUCAGACCUGACCUCAGGACCUUUCACCACUGAACUUCCAGCUGCCUGCCGAGUCACCUUUCCCAACUCAUCAACUUUACAAGGACAAACUGGGGCCUACCAGACAGUAAAUUUAAUGAUUUUAGCUCUUGCAACUAAUCCAUUUACUCACCUAAGUCCUGUGGAAAUUGUAGGCCCUGUGGUUAACAUAGUGCUUGGGUCUGAUAAUGGUGGCAUUAGCAUUGAAAAUAUUACAGAAUACAUCGAGAUUGUGUUGAUAAAAAACCAGAGUUCUGCAAUUAAUGAGUCCAAGAUGUACCUGACCAAAACUAAGAACUUAAUCUUCACUGUAAAUGUGACCUCUGCCAACCAUUCUGUGGUACUGAAAGUGGAGCCAGAACUACCAGUCAAGCUUAUCCUGUAUCUUGGAUUUGAAGGAAAACCCAACAGCAGCUACUUCCUGCAGAACAUGUCCCUGCCUAACAAUGACUUAUAUACCUGGGUAUUGGCUCCAGAGUACUUUUUAAAUGGCACUGGGGUUUACUAUAUUAAAGUGGCUUUAACUAAUGGAAGUAUAUGGGAACAACAGACAAGCUUGGCUUUUUCUGUUAGUCUGUUUGCUGCACAGUGUGUUUUCUGGGAUGAAGACUUUAGAACAUGGAAUGAUGAUGGCUGCUAUGUGAUUCUUGGACAGGUUGGACCAAGAAGCACAGAGCUUGAAACCCAUUGUCUAUGCAGCCACCUGACCUUUUUUGCAAGUUCAUUCUUGGUCAUGCCACAUGUUGUGGACCUCAGUGACACUCUUAUGCUUUUUGCAAAUGUGGCAAAUAACCCAGUGGGACUGGCACUGCUUAGCAGCCUAAUAGGAUUCUUUCUGAUUGUCUUGUUGUGGGCUUGGAAAAAAGAUAAGGAGGAUCUUAAAAAGGUCAGGGUCGCUAUCCUUACAGAUAAUGACCCUGCUUUUCAUCACAGAUAUAUGGUCAAAGUAUGCACUGGCUAUCGGAUGGGAUCCGGCACCACUUCCCAGGUGGUACUGACCCUGUAUGGUUCAGAAGGGCAGUCUGACCCCCAUCUCUUAUCGGAUUCUGGGAAGGAGGUGUUCCAUAGAGGGUCGGUCGAUGUUUUUCUUUUGAAGACACGGUACCUAGGGGAGCUUCACAGCCUGAGACUUUGGCACAGUAACUCUGGAAUCAGCCCUUCCUGGUAUGUACAUCGUGUCAGUGUGACGGAUUUGGCUGCUCAGAGGACUUGGUACUUUCUUUGUGACUCUUGGCUUUCUGCUGACUUUGCUGACUGCCAAAUGGAUCGAAUAUUUGCUUCUGCCUGUAGGGCCAACCUAAUGAGCCUGAGGUAUCUGCUUUUCUCAGGCACAGUAGAAAAAUUCCUCAAAGAUCAUCUUUGGUUUUCUGUGUUGACUCGUUGUCCCUGGAGCCCAUUCACACGAGUGCAGAGGAUCUGUUGCUGCAUGUGUCUUUUGUUUUGUGGCCUGGUCAUUAAUAUCAUGUUCUGGAACGAUUAUUCAGAUGAGGACUCUCAGACAGGAAACUUUUUAAUAACAUUCAUUCAGAUUAAAAUCAGUUUACAGUCUUCUGCCAUCCUGCUGCCUGUGAAUCUCUUGAUUGUACAAAUGUUCCAGUUUAUCCAGGUACAGGUGAAACAGGUGACCCCAACUCUUAACAAACUACGUGUUUCCCUUCCUCCAAAGCCACCAACCAAAGAGGCUGCGGCACAGCAACUGCUUAAGGAUUUAAAAGAUAUUGUGGACUUCCUACAGAAGUAUAUAGUGCAAGUUCUGGGUGAGAGCGCCGAUGAUCUGCCGUUUCCUAAAUCUGAUUCAGUCCUUGCUUAUAUAGAGAUCUUAAGCAGUCUGGUAGAAUCCUACAUUUGUGUUUCAGGAGAAAGCUCCCAGAGUAACAAGCAUGUGACUGUGAUUACCCCACAUCAAUGUCACUUCUUACAUUAUUUUUACAAAAUUUUGGAGAACCUUCAGGAUCAAGUCUCUUCUGUAGAUCUGGAUUAUGUCCCUAAAUCUAUUGACUACAUACAAGCUUCAAAUAUUUUGUUUGACCUAAAGGAGCUUUUGCAGACUUUUAACGUGUCUGGGACACCGCUCCCAAGCAGUUUGACCACCAGUUUUCCUGUUACCAUAAAUCAGAAAAGAUGCUGUGAAGUGCCCAAAUUUUUCACCUUCCUGUGUUGGUUUUUCCUGUUUGCAAUCAGCUCAUUUUCUGCCUAUUACAUGGUGCUGAUCAGCCUGGACAUGACCAAGGACAAGGCCAUCAGCUGGCUCAUGUCCAUUCUGCUCUCCCUCUUACAGAGUAUCUUUAUGAUACCACCUAUUAAGGUUUUUGCUCAAAGUAUCUUCAUGUAUCGUAUUCUGAAGAGAAGCAAUAUUGAAGAUGCAGCUGAGGAGAAGCAGCUGUAUGGGAUUCUUGGCUUGCUGGCAUGCCGUGCAGAUUGGGAGCUCUCAGGCUUCAGGGACCCAUCCAAUCCAGUGUAUCGAGUGCCAUCUAACAAGAGCACUACUAGUAUGAAGAAACAGAGAUCAAUGGAGAUGAAACUUUACAAACUGAUCCAUGAGAUUGUUGUGCACAUGAUCUUUCUGGUCACUACUAUGCUAAUGGUGUAUGCAGACAAAGGUCCCAAUGAGUAUAACUUGUACAUGGCCAUUAGUGGCAGCUUCUCAACGUUAAAUAACAUUCAGUCGGUACCUGAUUUUUACAGCUGGUCAAGAAGCACCUUGCUACCGAACCUUUACACUGACUACCCAGGAUUCAUUACUGAUGGAAAUUGCUUCCUCCUGGGCAGUCCCCGCAUCCGUCAGCUGCGGAAAUUGCCUGACAGUGCAGGGAAGGAAAAUCUAUACAAUUCGGAUGAUACAAGCCACUAUGGCCCUAAUUGGGGCAAAAUGGGCAGCAGCAAUGCCUCAUCUGACAUGUGGAUGUACCACACAGUGGAUGUACUGGGAUCACAUUCAAUAUGGACACAGCGGGGAUACUAUCCUGGAGGGGGUUAUGUAGCAGAACUAGGCUUAAACAGAAACUCUGCAGACAGUAUAAUUACUGACAUGGAAACAAGCACAUGGAUCGACAGCAACACCAAAGCUAUUUUUGUGGAGUUCAAUGUGUACAAUGCAAAUAUAAAUCUUUUCUGUCUUGUGACCUUCAUCCUCGAGACCAAUGUAAUCGGAAGGUUAAUCCCGUCAAGCGAGUUGCUAAUCAUGCGCCUGUAUGAGACAACUGAAGGAAGUAACAAAAUUAAGUUUGUUAGUGAGAUGCUGUUCAUGGUGAUCUUUGUGUACAUCAUUAUAGUUCAGGUGAUCCGUUUAAAACAGCAAAAAUGCUCAUAUUUCCGCCAAACAAGGAAUCUGCUGGAUUUGGGCAUCAUUGUAAUAUGCUGCGUUAACACGGGACUGUACUUUAAACGUAGUUAUCUGCGCCAACGGGAUAUAGAGUUUUACCAUGCAGAUCGUACACGAUUUAUCAGCUUCUAUGAGACUGCCACCCUAGACAGCAUUCAUGGCUAUGGUAUUGCCUUCCUGGUUUCACUAUUAACCAUCAAGCUCUGGUGCCUUCUCAACUUGAACCCAAAUUUGCACCUCAUAACAAUGACUCUGCAGAAGGCUUGGAAUGAAAUUGGUGGAUUUCUUUUUACGAUUCUCAUUCUCCUGGUGGCUUACUCCAUUUCUUGCAACUUGCUUUUUGGCUGGACCAUUCCCAGUUAUAGAACAUUUACUGAUUCUGCAGUGACUAUUAUCAGCCUAUUACUUGGAAUUUUUAAUUAUGAAGAGGUUCUCACUCUGGACCCUGUGCUGGGCUCUCUGCUCAUCUUUACAUGUGUCAUCUUCCUUGUGUUCAUAGUGGUCAACAUCUUCUUGUCCGCUUUACUAAAUGUCUUCUCCAGUGAACGCAAGAACCCAACACCAUAUGAAGAAAAAGAAAUUGUGGACAUGCUCUUACUGAAGCUGUCUGGAAUGUUUGGAGUACACAAAAGGGCAGAGGAACCAACAGCAAUAAAAUAAAGUGUCAUAAUUUAAUAUGAACGCCGCAGUCUGAUUGUUGGUCAUUGCCUUGUUAGAUAAGAGGAAUUUGAACCAGUAUAAUUCAUU